AUGACAUAACGUUUUAGUCAUUUUCUGCAUGUUUCAUCCUCUGCUGACAUUUUUCAAAACUUUCCUCCUAAAUUCAGUUUUAUUAUUGAUCAGCUGAACCACACUGACAACUGAUUUUCAAGAGCAAAUCAAACAAUGAAUUUCUCCUUCCCCUCUUACUCUGUACUCCUUUGUACGCUGCUUAUCCUGAUUAUAUGGAAUAAUGUAGAUGGAAGUAGAGCUAUGACCGACGAUGUUAACAAGGGAAAUACUAAUGUGUUACGACUCCACAGCAUGGAUGCGCAUGCUCAUCAUCACUCGUCUCACAUGAAUCAUAUGAAAGAUUCAGAAAUUGUGUUCUUCAAGAUGGAAGAUCUAAAGAUUGGGAAAACGAUGCCUAUUUUCUUUCCAAGGACGGACCCUUCUAAAUCUUCUCAGUUGUUGAGAAAAGAAAAGGCAGAUACCAUACCUUUCUCUUUAGAACAACUUCCAAACAUCCUUCAAUACUUCUCCUUUUCUCAAGAUUCUCCGCAGGCCAAAUCAAUGAAAUAUACACUUGAGCAGUGUGAGACAAAGCCCCUAGAAGGAGAGGUAAAAAUAUGUGCUACUUCCUUGCAAUCCAUGCUUGAUUUCACACACUCUGCUCUCGGAGAGAAAAUUGAGGUGCUCUACACUAGUCACCUCAACCAGUCGAAAACCCUUGUACAAAAUUAUAAGAUAGUGGAAGAUCCAGAAGCUAUUGAAGCUUCCAAUAUGGUGGCAUGUCAUAAAAUGGCAUACCCUUAUGCCGUAUUCUAUUGUCAUUACCAAAAGAGCAAGAACAGAAUAUACAGGGUUUCGCUAGUAGGUGAGAAUCAAGAAAGAGUUGAUGCCAUCAGUGUUUGUCACUUGGAUACCUCAAUGUGGAGUCCAGCCCACCCUUCCUUUAGAGUCCUUGGAAUCGAGCCAGGGACUUCUCCAGUGUGCCAUUUCUUUCGAGCAGAUAACUAUGUGUGGAUACCGUCACGUUCUGAAGUCUAGUCUAUGGCCUUUCUGCUGCAACUUCUGAUUUUCAACUUAUUGGUGAAUAAGCUGAAAUGUCAUGUACAAGUCAAACCAAUAAUGCCAACCACCAUGGCUUGUGUUUGAUAUAAAUCUGGCUGUACUUGUGAUCUUCAGUAACUUUGAGAAUGUUGUAUAUGUUUCUCUGUUCUAUGUACCAGAUCUCAGGUUCCAUGUUUGUGUCUGUUGUUUCAGUCUUUUAUUAAAGAAGUCCUGCAUCCAUGUUUGUUUCUAA